CAGAGUGGGGAGGGACGCGUGGCACUGCCGUCGGGAACUGGCACUCCGGUGAACUAGGAGCCGCCGGCCUUCCUCCUGCACCGGGCCGCCCGUUCCGCGCCGCCACCGCACAGCCUCUGCCAUGGCCGGAGCCGGCGCUUGGAAGCGCCUUAAAUCUCUGCUGAGGAAGGAUGACGUGCCGCUGUUUUUAAAUGACACCAGCGCCUUUGACUUCUCGGAUGAGGUGGCGGUCGAGGGUCAUUCUCGGUUGAACAGACUUCGAGUGGUGGUGGCUGACGAUGGGUCUGGCGCCCCAGAAAGGCCUGGUAACGGGGCGCAGGCGGCGCUCCAGGCCGACGACGAUUCCCUGUUGGACCAGGACCUAGCUUUGAGCAACAGCCAGCUGAGUUUGAAGGUGGAGCCCUGCGACAGCUGCAACCAGCAGACAGACCGACUGCUGCAGAGAAAGGCCCGAACCAGGCUGACCCUGGCCGCCGUGCUGUACUUGCUCUUCAUGAUCGGGGAGCUUGUAGGUGGAUACAUUGCAAAUAGCUUGGCAGUCAUGACAGAUGCACUUCAUAUGUUAACUGACCUAAGUGCCAUCAUCCUGACCCUGCUUGCUUUGUGGCUGUCUUCAAAAUCACCAACCAAAAGAUUCACCUUUGGAUUUCAUCGCUUAGAGGUUUUGUCAGCUAUGAUUAGUGUACUAUUGGUGUAUUUACUUAUGGGAUUCCUCUUAUAUGAAGCUGUGCAAAGAACUAUCCAUAUGGACUAUGAAAUAAAUGGAGACAUAAUGCUCAUUACAGCAGCUGUUGGAGUUGCAGUCAAUGUAAUAAUGGGGUUUCUGUUGAACCAGUCUGGUCACCAUCACUCACAUUCUUCAAAUUCUCCUAGUACCAGUUCUGGACAUGGGCACAGCCAUGGGCAGGGAAGCCUGGCAGUGAGAGCUGCAUUCGUACAUGCCUUGGGGGAUUUGGUACAGAGUGUUGGUGUGCUAAUAGCUGCAUACAUCAUACGAUUCAAGCCAGAAUACAAGAUCGCUGAUCCCAUCUGUACAUACGUAUUUUCAUUACUUGUGGCUUUUACAACAUUUCGCAUCAUAUGGGACACAGUAGUUAUAAUACUGGAAGGUGUACCACGCCAUUUGAAUAUAGACUAUAUCAAAGAAGCCUUGCUGAAAAUAGAAGAUGUUUAUUCAGUGGAAGAUUUAAAUGUCUGGUCUCUCACAUCGGGAAAAUCUACUGCCAUAGUUCAUAUACAGCUAAUUCCUGGAAGUUCUUCUAAAUGGGAGGAAGUACAGUCCAAAGCAAAACAUUUAUUAUUGACCACAUUUGGCAUGUAUAAAUGUACUAUUCAGCUGCAGAGUUACAGACAUGAAGUGAUCAGAACUUGUGCAAAUUGUCAGAGUUUCAGUUCCUAAUUUCAUAUGCUUUGAGGACCACUGCCUUAUUGAUCCUGCAGUCACAAGCUUGAGAGCAAUAAAUGCAAAUCUAACUGAGAAA